UAUGUGCUUCCAUACAGCCUGAAAAAUCAACCGGAGGAGGAAACCUUCACACUCAGCGGAGAAUAGACUGACCCACAGAACACCGCUGGAAACCGGGAUCACAGACUGGAUCAGGGUGACCCAUUUUGAACCUGCUUCACACUGAUUUGCAUAUCCAUUCUUCCUACCUCCUUCAUUUGCCUUUCCUUCACUGAGAAUGGCAAGCGGGCAUUCCACUGACAAAUUCAGUUUUCUGUACCCAACAGACAGCAGUCAGAGCGUGAAGAGUAAGAACAGACUGUCUUCCACCAUGAACCCGGUGUACAGUCCAGUGCAGCCGGGAACCCCGUACGGAAACCCAAAAAAUAUGGCUUACACAGGUUAUCCCGGAGGUUAUCCUACGACUGCCCCGGCCUACACAGCCAACCUCUAUCAGACAGGUAGCCCAGGAUACCCACCAGUGCUGCUGGUGAAGCAGGCCUGGCCCCAGACGGCAUCAGCUCCGGGGCCCGCAGAAGGCUCCUAUGACCUGGCUGUGGACGCUGGCUCAGAGAGCAGGCAGUACCAGGCCUCAUCUACAGCAUUCAGAUAUACUGCAGGAACGCCUUAUAAAGUGCCCCCUACUCAGAGCAAUGGAGCCCCUCCGCCGUACUCCCCGUCCCCAAACCCCUACCCCACGGCCAUGUACCCCAUCCGAAGUGCCUAUCCACAGCAGAACCUCUAUGCUCAGGGUGCUUAUUUCACACAGCCGGUGUACGCAGCUCAGCCUCACGUCAUCCACCACACCACCGUGGUGCAGCCCAACAGCAUCCCCUCCGCCAUCUACCCUGCUCCGGUGCCCGCGCCACGCUCCAACGGGGUGGCCAUGGGCAUGGUGGCCGGAACAACCAUGGCCAUGUCUGCCGGCACUUUGCUGACCACCCCUCAGCACACUCAGAUUGGAGCACAUCCCGUCACCGUGCCAACAUACCGACCCCAAGGAACACCUGGCUACAGCUAUGUGCCACCUCACUGGUAGAGCCACCUGCCAAUCAUAUCUGGAGUCAAACAUUGUAUGCAACUACUCAAGUCUUACAUCGGCGCUCUGUGCUCAACAGGGAGGGCCACGUCUGUUUGCAAGAACAAAAAGAUGAGAAAAAAAAAAGUGCAAGGGUCACUUUAUGCAUUCUUACGUGUUUUUGUAAAAGCUGCUUUUUUAUCUUUUUAUUUAAUUUUUCUUUUUGUUUUUGGGAUGAUGUUCUUGCAUUAGGUUAUUUUAAUUUCUCAUUGUUCCAUAGUUACUUCUGUCAGAACUCCAGAAUGAUUUCGACCAAUCACGCCUCUUCAAAAUCUGUAUUUUGUGUUCAGUAUAUAAACGCUGGUGUGUAGGAAUGUACCGACGCAAUAUCAGCACCACUGGGAUCAUAAUCAUCCAAUUAUGCUGCCAAAUUUUAUAACACUUAGAAACUAGCACAGGGUUCGUUUUUAUUUCAUUUAUUUACCGCAGAGUUUCAUUUCAGCGUUCAAACUUCCUUCGAGGAAAGUUGACUCGUUUAUUUUUUUUUUAAUAUUAAUAUGAUUUCAGUCCUCCCUCAUUUUGGUUCUACCAUCGAUAACAAGGGUGUCUUCCAGCUUGUAGCUGUUCAUGUAGAUUUGUAAGGAAUAUAUCAUUAGUAGGGCAGUGCAAACGUGGUUUAACCUUCAUUAGGAUAUCGAGUACAUAACAGUAAUCUUAGUUAUUCACUAAAUAGAGAACGUUCGAGUGAGCUGGUUACUUUAUUAGCUUAUGUGUCAGGAUAGCGUAAGCUUCUAAACUAUAAACGUGUAUAUUCGAUUUAUAUAAAUGUGCGCGCAUGGGAAUGCGGCAGAAUUUCGAAAAACGAAAAAAUAUCUAUGGUUGGCACUUAGCUGGAGCCUAAAACGUGCCAACUUUGAGGCCAGAUAGGAUGGACGCUACUCUGAUGGAACGAUAUGAACACAAAGGGACUUUAUUGCAUCGUAGAUAGCACUAAACGCAAAAAAAAAAGUAAAUAAAAUAAAUAAAUAGGCGUUCUGGCAUUCAUGGAGUUUGAGUGGGUCUAACCCCUGGUCAGUUAUUGGGCCUGUAGUCGCACAGAUUGUACAAAUGGAGUUGUUCAAUGCAAUAAUAAGAACGGCCUGCUUGAAUGGCUUUGAAUUGUAACUUACAGCCUUUUCAGAGAGAGAGAGAUUUUGAUUUCCUAUCCCCCUCAAGAGCUCGUCUAGUGUACUCAGAAGUGACAUAUCAAGUAUUCUAUAAAAUGUUAUCAUACCAUUGCACAUUUGACAAAUAGACGUAACUUAAUAACCAAUUAUACGGUACACUCUCAUAUUUAAAGGAUGUAAUUAAGAAAAUCAAAGCAUUUACUCUGCUCUUGGUGACGUCUCUGGAAAAGUAAUAUUAUUGUCAGUACAGAACAGUAUCGCUCUAUUUUGUUGUUUGUUACGGCUAAUCAACCACUAUUUCGAUAUAUAGUACACACUCGAACGUGGGAACGAAGCGAUUCUCUGAUCUUAUGUGGAAGUAAUAACGUCUAGUAAUGCAUGUGUCAUGCGGGUGAAUGCAGUAUAGUGUAAUCGGAUGGAAACUAUGCCCUCGCGAAGCAUGGUUGCAUCAUGUUGAAUCGCAGCUUAUGGAUUGCUUUUAAUAACACUUUUACAUUACAGCACAUUCCCUUCGGUUUUUUUUUCUUUUUCAGUUGUCGUUGUUGUUGAAUUAAAAGGAGAGAGCUGGGGCACAGAGUGGAUGAUCACCCAGAGAAUAUUUACAAAAAAUAAUCAAUAUUAAGCCUAAUUUAAGGUUGUCCUUAAACUAAUAAUCCUGUAUUUUUUAUUAUGAUUUGAUUGAUCCUCAGUUGUGACUCUGAUUAGAAUCUGCAAUACUGUAGUUUAAAUUUGACAGUAUUUUUUAUAAACAUCAUCAUGAUUGAUGAAUAAAAAGAUAAAUAAAGAAAAUUUGGCAGGAACAUAAUGAUUUAAUUAUAAUAAUUUAACAUAAUUGAAAAACAGGCUUCUUUUUGUUGAAGUAUUCUGCAAUAUUUAAUAUUGGUAAUCUUAAAGGUGCUGUAUGUAAGUUUUUGACUCUUCUAAAGCAUAAAAAACCAUAAUAUGUUUGCAGAUAUUUAAGACACAUGCCAAGUGAACAUUCUUGUUUCACUCUUCUUGUUUCAUUCUUGGCACCCCGAGUUGCCUUGGUGGAAAACAGCGGAUUUAAUUCAUUCAGUCAGGAAGUCUAUCAAAGUGUGUGUCUGUGACCUAAAUGUAACCUCCGGUGGACAGUAGCAGACUCCAAAAUGACACACAGAUUCAGAGUUCCACAUGAGGUGGUUAUUAAUUAGCAAAUGAUAUAAAUAUUAUGAGCGUAAACAUUAGGUGAGCAGGUUACAUUGUAACCCGUGUCCUAACAACACGCUACGACAUGCUAGAUUUGCAGUGAUAAGCAAUUUGGCUCUUUGCACCACACGAAACACGACAGAAAUUUAAAAAACAGCCAUUCAGAAGCACAGAAUAGUGCACUCACUGCACUCCAGCAAAAUGGCUUAUAAUCUAAUUAAUACACAUUAAACCUCUUUAAUAUUAUUAAAUGUAGAUGCUAAGUCACUAGCUAUGUUUUCAUCCAAAAAUGCGAAUUAACUUUAUGUGCAAAACUGGAGUAGCGCACUAAAGACAUGCGAAUAAAGCAGCGUUUCCAUCCAAAGUCAAAGCGUCAGAAUGCUGCGGUAGGAGAAGCUGCGUGAGUGUUUUCUUCAUUUAAUAAAUGACUUGAACCUCAGAAGGCAAUCCUGACACGCAGUGACUCUUGAUUCUGAAGGUCAUUAAUAAUAUAUUAAGACUUAUGCUGAAAGCGUUACGGCGUUUUAGAAUGACCAAAACAACAUUUCAGAUGUUUUACAGUGUGCUCAGCCUGCUGGUUUGUUCGUCCGCACACAUUUUUAUCAUCACAUGAUCUCUUAUAACAAAAUCACAUGACCUUUUUAAUGCGCAUACUGGAAUUUGUGCUGUAAAAGUGUUUCCAUCGUAGUUUGUGCGCAUCUUUUCAUAUCAAAUAAAAAGAAAAGUGCAAAUGCAAAGGAGGACUGACAAUGGAAGCAAAACGGAGGCAAAAUGUGGAUAAAAAUAGGUGGAUGGAAACGUAGCUACUGAUAUGUAUUGACUUGCACUGAGUCACAGUUCUAAAGUUCAAUUUCAAGCAGUUUAUUUUAUUUUCAAGAUCUGAUCUGAACUAUCUGCUGCUGCUUUCAGUAUAUGGCAAUAAAUGGCAUGUAAAAUGGCAUUCAAACUCACAUUAUCAGCAUUUAACACUGAAUAAAGCAGUUCAUGUGUUGGUUAGGUGUUGCCGUUGCUUAUAAUUAGAACAAGACUUAAAUCAGCCUCUGGGUUUGAUAGUUAGGCAUGCUCAUGUUGGUGUCGUCAAUCUGGGAACCUGCGCUUGCGUGUGUUUUAAUCCAGGUGUGCAAUACCUAGUUCAACCACUGGGUGUCAAACUUACAUACUGCGCCUUUAACAUAUUUUCAGAAUUCCCUAGUGUGAAAUGCUUUCCUGACAGGUUUAUCUAAAGAUGACUUCAUUGCAUUAUAUGCUACGGUAUGCUCAUUUGCCCUUAGUGAGCAGAAAUCUAAAGUAAAACUUUUGCUAAAAUGAAUAUCUGUGCAGCAAUGGGAUUGUAUUAGUUUAAGAUCAUUGUCUGUGUUUUGGAUGAAAUCUCAUCAUUGAUUUUCAUGCACUCUCUCCCCUACUCUUCCCUUUUCCAGCUGGAUUUUUUACAGUAUUAUAUCAAACAGUGACCUUUUAUUUUCUGCGUCGUUGCAUCACAAGACUUCGAUCGAUGCACAAUAAUCACUGUAAUCGACAUAUUAAACACUGACGCAAGCAGACGUCAGACUCUGAACUCUAGGACUAGAGUGACCUUUUAACACUGCAAAGGAGUAAAGGUUUUGAUUCAGAAUGAGCGGACGUUACCAUCCACUCUGACAAUGUAAUUUAGGCGCUUUUUACGUAAGUGUUAUUUAAAGUUUUAAUUAAUGAUUGAUGUUCAUUUUUUCUUAAAUAGAAGAUCUUUAUAGUUGAUCUGGAGUGGAGUGAUACAGUCCAUGUGGUUGAGAGGCAUUUCAGAGCACAAGUCUUCAAGGGGUUUCCUCUUCCUCUAAACAUUUCCCCAAUCUGUCUUUGUCUUCUUCUUUCUGGUUUGUCGAAAUAAUGAGGGCGGGUAAAGUUUAGCAAUCUGCAGCUAUUGUUAAAAUCGGGUAGAGAUGUUCACUGAAGUUUUUUUUUGUUCAUGAAAUUGAAUUGCGGUUACUGGAACAGACAAGAUUUUAAUACAGGGUCAUUAUUAAAUGGAUUGAUCAUCUGGAAAGAAAACGGCGUGAACGUUGAGCUCCAAGUAUACUUCGGUUUUUGCUGUAGAUGGUUAAAAUCUCCACUUCUACUGUAGAAAAUGUCAUUUCAUUUUUAUUAAAUUUGGCUCACUUCUCAUAUGGAGAAUAUUUUUUAUGACCUACACUGCAGUCAUCCACUGGGGGCGAGCAAGAUUUUCAGUACACAAAUGAUCCAACGCUCAAAGAUUUAAGGCUGAUUUAUACUUCUGCGUCAAGCGUGGACGCAUAGCCCUCGUCGUGGGGCCACAAACACUCAAAGAUUCAUCCUUGUUAGUUCUGUUUCAUUUUAAGCUAUGAAAAUAUCUUUGCACUCUUUAGACCAGGGAUCACCAAACUUGUUCCUGGAGGGCCGGUGUCCUGCAGAUUUUGGCUCCAACCCUAAUCAAACACACCUGAACAAGCUAAUCAAGGUCUUACUAGGUAUACUUAAACAUCCAGGCAGGUGUGUUGAGGUAAGUUGGAGCUAAAUCCUGCAGGCACACUGGCCCUUCAGGGGGACAUUGGUGACCCCUGCUUUGGACAUUCAAAAAUUAGUUUGUUGUGAAGUCUAAACCAGGGGUGUCCAAACUCUGUCCUGGAGGGCUGUUGUCCUGCAGAUUUUCAGCUCUAACGUGGCUCAACACACCUGCAAGGAUGCUUCUAGAAAGCCUAGUAAGAGCCUGAUUAGCUAGCCCAGGUGUGUCUGAUUGGGGUUGAAACUAAACUUUGCAGGACACCGGCCUUCUAGGACCAAGUUUGGACACGCCUACGCGUGGGCACAUUGCCCUCAUCGUGACCCAUCGCUCUCAAAAAAUGUAACUACACGUCACAACGACGAGUAGCGCAAGCUCUGUGAUUGGUCGGCUUGUUACCACUGACAAGUGUGGGCGGGACAGAGAGCCGCAAGAGUCCGUUGGAGCGAGUGUUUACAAGUGUCGAGUCCUGUGAAGGAGCUCCAAAUGAACAGUUUUGUUUUGUGUUUACCUUAUGGUUAAAGUUAGUGCUAGUCCGCCGCUUCCUGCCUCAAAAUGAGCGAGUUUGAACCAAUUGUACAUUAGGGAAGCGUUUAGAAAAAACAAAACACCAGCAAGGAAACUCGACACAGAGGAACAUAAACACCUCACUGCCAACUAGCGUUUCUGAAGUGUUAUUGCAGAGCAACAGAAACAGCGCGCGGAAGUAUGAAUGCACAGCUACGCACGUUGCAUGCGCCGUGGGUCAAAUAUAAACCAGGCUUUAUCCUAGUUUGUUCUGUCCAAACAUUAUCUUGUCUUUGCACUCAUUAAACAUUCAGAAAUUAGUUUGUUGCAAAUUCUAAACAAAGAUGAAGCACCUCCACAUUCUUUCACUGUAAAUAAAUAAUUGAAGCCAAAAUUUCCCAGGUAUAGCUGCUGUCAUCUUGCACAGAUGAUGUCAUUUGGAGCCCAACUUUUUGUUUGGCUUGUGGUGGAGUUUAUGACCUAUACUGCAGCCAACCACCAGGGGGCAAUCAAGAUGUUUUGGCUUCACGUUUCAGUAUACAAGAUCCAACACUCAAAGAUUCAUCCUUGUUUGUUCUGUUCAAACAUUAUGAGAUAUGAAAAUAUUAUUGCACUUGUUAAACAUUCAGAAAUUAGUUUAAUGCGAAGUUUAAACAAAUAUGAAUGAAGCGCCUCCACAUCCUUCAACUGUAAAAACAUUAAAUAAAUAUUGAAGCCAAAUGCCCCAGGUAAAAGAGCUGUCAUCUUGCACAGAUAAUGUAAUUUAGAGCCCAACUUCAGUUUGGCUCGUGGUGGAGUUUAUGACCUGUACUGCAGCCAACCACCAGGGGGCAAUCAAGAUGUUUUGGCUUCCCUUCUCAGUACACAAACGCUCAACACUCAAAGAUUCAUCCUUGUUUGUUCUGUUCAAACAUUUUAAGCUAUGAAAAUAUCUUUGCACUCUUUAGACAUUCAAAAAUCAGUUUGUUGUGAAGUCUAAACCAGGGGUGUCCAAACUCUGUCCUGGAGGGCCGGUGUCCUGCAGAUUUUCACCUCUAACUUGGCUCAACGCACCUGCAAGGAUGUUUCUAGAAAGCCUAGUAAGAGCCUGAAUAGCUACCCCAGGUGUGUCUGAUUGGGGUUGGAACUAAACUUUGCAGGACAACGGCCCUCCAGGACCGAGUUUGGACACUUCUGGUCUAAACAAAGAUGGAGGAAGCACCUCCAGAUUUUUACACUAUAAAAGAAAUUGGAGCCAAAAUGUAGGCAGCUGCUGUCAUCUUGCGCAGAUGAUGUCAUUAGGAGACCAAGUUUGGCUGGUGUCGGCCUAUGUACUGUAAAAAAAUGCUGAGUUCCACACACUCAGUUUUAAAGUUAACGUUAGCUUUUACAAAUUUAGUUGUCCCCCCAAAAACUCAAGAAUUGUGUUGUUUCAGCUCAUUUUAUAUAAAUAGUUUGAACAAACAGCAAACAUAAUUUUUUGGAGUGUACUGCAGCCAACCACCAGGGGGCAAUCAAAAAAUGUUUUCGCUCCAAAUGAGGCACAUUAGGUUCGAACACAAGCACUCGACACACUAAAUAUUUGUACUUGUUCGACGUCUGCACUUUUCCUCUCCUAAAGUUAUGAGCGAUGAAAUGUAUACUCGUUACAGAAAUUUGUUUCAAAAACUGAUCAAAUAAGGACAACUUUAUUUCACAGUAAUAAAAAUGGAAGGCUAAAUAUUUUAGUUAUGGGGCGCUGAUCACAUCAUUUGGCAAGUCAUGAAGGGCAGGUUUUAUUACCUAUUUUGCAGCCAUCCACCAGGGGGCGAACACAUUUUUUGGCUAUACCUUUCAAGACUCAAACACACAUUGAUAUCUGGUAAAUACAAACUUCCCAGGAGGACUUGGACAUAGGUGACACGGUGGCUCAGUGGUUAGCACUGUCGCCUCAAUGCAAGAAGGUCAUUAAUUCGAGUCCCUGCUGGGCCAGUUGGCGUUUCUGUGUGAAGUUUCCUCCGGGUGCUCCGGUUUCCCCCACAAUCCAAACACAUGCACUAUAGGUGAAUUUAAUUAACUUAAUUGGCUGCAGUGUAUGGGUGUGUGAAUAAAAACGUGUAUGAGUGUUUCCCAGAACUGGGUUGCAGCUGGAAGGGCGUCCGCUGCGUAAAACAUAUGCUGGAAUAGUUGGUGGUUCAUUCAGCUGUGGCAACCCCUGAUAAAUCAGGGACUAAGCCGAAGGAAAAUGACUUGAACAUACCUUACGCAUACGCAUAUAUACACAUAAACCGAAGUAUACUUUGGACUUAAAGGGAUAGCUCACCCAAAAAUUUCAAUUUUAAUCAUGUACUCAACCUCUUCUUGCACCAAACCUUUAUGAGAGUCUCUCUUCUCAAUACAAACGAUAUUUUGUUAUCCAAACAGUAUUCAAAAUCCAUUGACAUCCAUUGUAUUUUUUCCUACUAUGGAAGUCAACUGUGAACUGUCUGGUUAUAAAGUUUAAUUCUGGGGGAAAUGAUCUCUUAAAUAAAAACAAAUGUUUCUUGUUUUUUAAGAACAAAAUAGUCAUUUUUGGCGGUGGAUUAUGCAUUUAAUCCUCAACAGUUGAAUCAAAAAGCUGUUUUUAUUUACAUUUUUUUAACACAUCAUUGUUUUUUCAGCCCAAUAUCCAUACUUGGUUAUUUUCAGAUAUAUUCCCUCACCAAACAUUAUUCAUUAUGAUGUAUUUCUCCCAUUUUUAAAUAGAUCAAUUGUUUUCAAUUGUGUAUUAAUCAGGUGUUUGUUUUUUUUUAGGGGUUGGGGAGGGGUCGGAGUAUUUUGUUGUUGUUGUUUGGCCAUAGUAUGGAAGAGGCUUGGAUUUCCUUUUUUUUUUCACUUCAGUCAGUUUCUAUCGUUUUCAGAACAUGUGAUGUUUAUAUUGCAAACCCAUGCACUGUUCCGUUUUUUUUUUUCUUUCUUUCUUCAGGGCAUCGAUCAAAGGAUUGUUUACUAGCGCCCGUGAUGCAUGCAGCGGGUUAUUAGCUCUAGUGAAUUCAGUGUCACGUCACCAGUAUGUAAAGGUAUUUCUAAAGUAAUUGUGGCACUGGUUUCACGCUCUCGCUGAAAACCUGUGAUAUGUACCAUAGGCUUUUUUUUUUUUUUGUUGAUGCAAACGAGGGGUUGCUAUUUCACGCUACUGUUUAGGAAUAUUUAUGUUUUGACCCGUAUAUUGAGAAUAAGACUUUGUUGUUUGCAUUCUAAAUGUAAAGCAUAAAGGGGAAAAGUCUUCCAGAAUUGAUCUCCCUUCAGUGAGUGUUAAAAGCCCUUGCCCCCUAUAGUUAUGUAUAUUACGCACUGCAGCGCGGUUUUCGAGAUCACAUUUCUCCGAGCGUGUUUUCAGCAGACCGUGCCGUUCCACCGUUUGAGCAAGGAGACCCACAUCAGGCUUGUGAAAUGAAGUGUAAAACUGUUUUUAUUAUUUGGGUUUUUUUUUUUAUUGUUUUGUUUUUGAAGAUCAGUUAGUGAUCUCUGUGACAUAAUUAAGCCAAGUUUGUAAUUGUAUAAUAUUUACUGUAAGAUGUAGAACAUUCAAUAACUAUUAAAAUCUUUCCAAAAAAAUAAUA